UGAGGAUUUACGCUCUCGAGAGUCUCUUCUCGCCAUCUAUAGUCGCCAUCUUCACUAGUAUAAAUACAAGCUCUUAAGCUCAACCCUUCACACAACAACCUCUUUUUUUCUAAUUACUUAAAAGUGCGUUCGCGUAACAAGCAAAAGAAAAAAAAGAAAAACAUGGCAAGCUCCAAAUUUCUUGUUGUCUUGGCUUUGUUCUUUACAUGCUUAUCUCUUAAUUCAGCCGCCUUUAGAAACAAACCCUGGGAACAAACUGAAAUGGUGAAUCCCAACGGUGCUAUUGAUACCAAUGCGAAAGAGCCAGGAGAAUGGGGUGGAGGAUACGUAGGUUGGUGCAGGCACGGUUGCUGCUAUACGGGACGCAAUGGCUGCAUCCAAUGCUGUAGGUACGCCAACGAGCAAACUAGCAGUAUGGUGGUGCAGAAACGUAGCGGUGGCAGCGAUGUUGCAGAGAAAUCAUCUAAGGAAGAGGAGGCUUCUCCAGUUUGGACUCAGAGCCGACCCUGAAAAAAAAAAAAGCUAAACCAUGGACAUGUUACCCUAUAACGUAUCGCCGUUUUAAACUGCUUGUUUAAUAAAAUAAAAUGAUAACAUGAGCGUACCGUACCUUAGAUGGUACGUGGAAUAUAGUAAGUGUCCUUCUGUAUUUGUUUUGUGUACUUGCGCAGUUCUAUGUAUGUGUGUGUUUCUACAGGCUUAGAGGAUACAUACCUCUAUGGUAUUUUAACUCGAGGUGCCAUCACCUUUCUGCAUAUUCGUGUUUAUUUUAGAGUGAUAAUCAUAUCAUAAGUGAUAUUACGUGUAUAUGCACAUCAAUUAAACCUAAUGUACACACUGCCAAAAUCGGAUAAUAUGUCAAUGUAACACUUUAGGAUCGAAUCCACAGAGACCAACGGUUAAAUUUUAUCUUU